UAUCUCCCCUCCUCCUCUUGCUUCGCGGCGGCGGCGGCGGCCCAGCGGCGGCGGCGGCUCCUCUGAGGAGGGAGGGGGGCGGAUUUUUCUCCCCCUCACUCGGAUUCUCGUUGGAUUCAGACGCCGAUUUGCUCAGUGCUUGGGAGAUGGGAAGUAAUGAUAGCUGGCACCUGAACUAAAAUAUCUGUGUAGGCACUACUAUCCCAGAACUUCAGGAUGAAUGGGGAUAUGCCUCAUGUUCCCAUCACUACUCUUGCAGGGAUUGCUAGUCUUACAGACCUUUUGAACCAGCUGCCUCUUCCAUCACCUUUACCUGCUACAACAACAAAAAGCCUGCUUUUCAAUGGACGGAUAGCUGAAGAGGUGAACUGCCUUCUGGCUUGCAGGGAUGAAAAUCUGGUUUCACAGCUUGUCCACAGUCUCAAUCAGGUGUCAACAGAUCACAUAGAGUUGAAAGAUAACCUUGGCAGUGAUGAUCCGGAAGGAGAUAUACCAGUCUUGCUGCAGGCUAUCCUGGCAAGGAAUCCUAAUGUUUUCAGGGAGAAAAGCAUGCAAAACAGAUACGGGGUACAAAGCGGGAUGAUGAUGUCGCAGUUUAAUAUGUCUCAGAAUUCCAUGCGUGGUAGUCCUGCAUCUUCCAAUUAUCAACAAACCACUAUCUCACAUAGCCCUUCCAGCCGGUUUGUGCCACCACAGACAAGCUCUGGUAACAGAUUUUUGGCACAACAGAACAGUCCAGUGCCUAGUCCAUAUGCUCCUCAAAGCCCUGCCGGAUACAUGCCGUAUUCACACCCUCAAAGUUACACACCACAUCCUCAGAUGCAGCAAGCUUCUGUAUCCAGUCCCAUUGUCACAGCUGGGAUGAGGAAUCUCCAUGAAAAUAAAGUUUCGAGCCAGUUGUCUGGAAAUUCAGCUAAUCAUCAUGCUGAUAAUUCUAGACAUGGCUCAAAUGAAGACUACCUACAGAUGGUGCACAGACUAAGUAGUGAUGAUGGCGAUCCUUCAAUAAGGAAUGCUGCGUCUUUUUCCUUGAGGUCACCACAGUCAGUCUGCUCUCCAGCUGGAGGUGAUGGAACCCUUAAAGGAUCAAGACAACCUUUAAUCCAACAAUCUCAGCCUCCACCUUAUUCAUCACCUAGAGAUGUUCCCCCAGACAUAUUGUUAGAUUCUCCAGAAAGAAAGCAAAAGAAACAAAAGAAAAUGAAGUUAGGCAAGGAUGAAAAAGACCAGACUGAAAAAGCUGCAAUGUAUGAUAUCAUUAGUUCUCCUUCCAAGGACUCCACUAAGCUUACAUUAAGACUCUCUCGUGUAAGAUCUUCGGAUAUGGACCAGCAGGAUGAUAUGCUUUCUGGUUUGGAAAACAGCAGUGUGUCAGAGGGUGAUAUUCCUUUUAAUGUGCAGUACCCAGGACAGACUUCUAAAACACCCGUUACUCCACAGGAUGUUAACCGCCCACUAAACGCUGCUCAGUGUUUGCCGCAGCAUGAACAGACAGCUUUCCUUCAGGCACAACAAGUGCCUGUUUUACAACAGAACACUUCAGUUGCUGCAAAACAACCUCAAACUCCUGUGGUACAGACACAGCAACAGGUUUCGCAACAAGGAGCUAUAACGUCAUAUGAUGAAGUAGAAUUGGAUGCAUUGGCUGAAAUUGAGCGGAUAGAACGUGAAUCAGCUAUUGAAAGGGAGCGAUUUUCAAAAGAAGUGCAAGAUAAAGAUAAGCCUCUGAAGAAGCGAAAACAAGAAAACAAACCGCCAGAGGCUGGAGGUGCUACUGGAGGAAAUAGAGCAGCUUCUCAGGAGACAGGUUCUGCAGGAAAUGGGGCAAGGCCUGCCUUGAUGGUUAGUAUUGAUCUACAGCAAGCAGGAAGAGCAGACUCUCAGGCAACAGUAACUCAGGAUUUGGACACCAUCAAAAAACCUGAAGAAAUUAAGCAGUAUAAUGAUGGGUUUGUGUCUGUUCCCCAAGAAGACCCCGUUGGAGUUCUUAAAUUUAAACCUGAAAACCAUCCAGAAAUUUUUAGGAAAAAGUCAGAUUUUGAAGGUCAAAAGACAGAUGUCCAGCAAAAUGAAAACAGACAAAUGGAAUUUCAGCAAAAUGAGAGCAGACGGUUGGAAAGUAAACUCAACGAGAGCAAACAGUUAGAAGUGAAACAUGAAAGCAAGCAUGAAAGCAGACAAAUGGAAGUGAAACAAAAUGAGAACAGACAGACAGAAUCAAAACAAAAUGAGAGCAGACAAAUGGAGAUGAAACAAAAUGAGGGAAAACAAAAUAACGGCAAACAGGAGAUUCGGCAGAGGCCAGAGACACCAAAACAGAAGAGUGAAGGCAGACCUGAAACACCUAAACAGAAGAGUGAAGGGAGGCCUGAAACGCCAAAACACAGACAUGAUAAUAGAAGGGACUCCAGUAAACCAUUGUCAGACAAGAAAAUUGAAAUAUCUAGGCACAAACUAGAUAUGAAAUCUGAUCCUUCAAGGCUAAAACCUGAAAGUAGAUCUGAUCCAACAAAACAAAGGCCUGAUGGGCGUUCAGUUUCUGAUGCACCAAGGCGUGACCAUGACAGCCUUAAACAAAGAUCUGAGGACAGGGGGGACUCAGAGAAAUACAGAGGAGAUCCAUCCAAGAUUAGAAGGCCUGAAUAUUUGAGAUCCUCAAACAAAAAUGAACAUGAUUCUAAGCAUGGUAUUAAAUCUGAUGGUUCAAAACCUGAGAAAUUUGAAAGGAAGUAUAGGCAUGAGUCUGGUGAGUCAAGGGAAAGGUUUUCUUCUGGGGAUCAGAAAUCAAGACCUGACAGCCCUCGUAUUAAACAAGAAGGUAAAGGAGAUUCUAGUAAAUCAAGACCUGAUAAACCUGGUUUUAAGUCACCCAACAGCAAGGAUGAACGAAGGACAGAUGGUAAUAAGAGUAAAGUAGAUAGUAAUAAAGCACAUGGUGACAAUAAAGCAGAGUUUCCCAGUUAUUUGUUGGGGGGAAGAUCCGGCGCAUUGAAACAUUUUGUCAUUCCAAAAAUCAAGCGUGAUAAAGAUGGCAAUGUUACUCAGGAGUCAAGGAAAACUGAAUUUAGAGGUGAACAGAAGGACAAAGUAGAGAAGAUUGGGCUAGUUGAAGAUCUAAAUAAAGGAGCUAAACCUGUAGUUGUCCUUCAAAAGCUUUCUUUGGAUGAUGUGCAGAAAUUUAUUAAGGACAGAGAAGAUAAAUCAAGGGGCUCUUGUUUUAAACCUAACAAGAACAAGUCAUCCAAAUCUAAUAAAGGUAGCAUAGAUCAGUCAGUGUUAAAGGAGUUGCCUCCUGAGCUCCUGGCAGAAAUUGAGUCCACCAUGCCACUUUGUGAACGUGUGAAAAUGAACAAGCGCAAACGUAGCACAGUUAAUGAGAAACCAAAAUAUGCUGAAAUCAGUUCUGAUGAAGACAAUGACAGUGAAGAAGCUUUUGAAUCUUCUCGUAAAAGACACAAAAAGGAUAGAGAUGAAGCUUGGGAGUAUGAAGAACAUGACAGAAGAAGUUCUGGUGACCACAGGAGAAGUGGUCACUAUCAUGAAGGAAGGAGGAUUUCUGGUAGUGGCCGUUACCGUAAUCGCAGUCCCGAUGACUCUGAUAUGGAUGAUUAUUCUUCUCCCCCUAGCCUCAGUGAGGUGGCUAGAAAAAUGAAGAAAAAAGAAAAACAAAAGAAGAGGAAAGCUUAUGAACCUAAACUUACACCUGAAGAAAUGAUGGAUUCUUCAACAUUCAAAAGGUUUACUGCUUCGAUAGAGAAUAUUUUGGAAAAUCUGGAAGACAUGGAUUUUACAGCUUUUGGUGAUGAUGAUGAGAUUCCACAGGAAUUGCUACUGGGAAAACAUCAGCUUAGUGAGUUGGGUAGUGAAUCUGCAAAAAUCAAGGCAAUGGGGAUUAUGGACAAGCUCUCAACAGAUAAAACAGUGAAAGUCCUGAAUAUUUUGGAGAAAAAUAUUCAAGAUGGAUCAAAGCUUUCUACUUUACUUAACCAUAAUAAUGACACUGAAGAUGAGGAGAGAUUAUGGAGAGACCUUAUUAUGGAAAGAGUGACAAAAUCAGCUGAUGCUUGUCUUACUGCUAUCAAUAUUAUGACAUCACCAAAUAUGCCUAAAGCUGUAUAUAUUGAGGAUGUAAUAGAAAGAGUUAUUCAAUACACAAAAUUUCAUUUGCAGAACACUCUAUAUCCUCAGUAUGAUCCUGUGUAUAGAGUUGAUCCUCAUGGUGGUGGUGUUUUAAGUUCAAAAGCAAAACGUGCCAAGUGUUCCACCCACAAGCAAAGAGUUAUCGUGAUGUUGUAUAACAAAGUUUGUGACAUUGUCAGCAGCUUGUCAGAGUUACUUGAGAUACAGCUUCUCACUGAUACAACUAUUCUUCAGGUAUCAUCCAUGGGAAUAACACCCUUCUUUGUAGAAAAUGUCAGUGAACUUCAGUUAUGUGCCAUCAAAUUGGUGACUGCAGUGUUCUCCCGGUAUGAAAAACACAGACAACUAAUACUAGAAGAAAUUUUCACUUCCCUUGCAAGACUACCGACUAGCAAGAGGAGUUUGAGAAACUUCAGGUUAAACAGCAGUGACACUGAUGGAGAGCCCAUGUAUAUUCAGAUGGUAACAGCACUAGUUCUGCAACUUAUUCAGUGUGUGGUGCACUUACCAUCCGCAGAAAAAGAUUCUAAUUCAGAGGAGGAAUCAAACAAAAAAGUGGAUCAAGAUGUGCUUAUUACUAACUCUUAUGAAACAGCCAUGAGAACAGCACAAAACUUCCUUUCUAUUUUCCUUAAGAAGUGCGGCAGUAAACAAGGGGAAGAAGAUUACAGGCCGCUGUUUGAGAACUUCAUUCAAGAUCUUCUUUCAACAGUCAACAAACCAGAAUGGCCAGCUGCAGAGUUGCUACUUAGCUUAUUAGGAAGACUAUUGGUUCACCAAUUUAGUAACAAAUCUACAGAAAUGGCAUUAAGAGUUGCAUCACUUGACUAUCUUGGAACUGUAGCUGCAAGACUAAGGAAAGAUGCGGUCACUAGCAAAAUGGAUCAAGGAUCUAUAGCCAGAAUCCUCAAACAGGUUUCAGGAGGAGAAGACGAAAUUCAACAGCUGCAAAAGGCUUUGCUAGAUUAUCUGGAUGAGAACACAGAAAUUGAUGCAUCAUUAGUGUUUUCUCGGAAGUUUUAUGUAGCUCAGUGGUUCCGUGAUACAACUAUGGAGACAGAAAAAGCAAUUAAAUCUCAGAAAGAUGAGGAUUCAUCUGAAGGAACUCAUCAUGCAAAAGAUGUUGAGACCACAGGACAAAUCAUGCAUAGAGCAGAAAGUCGCAAAAAGUUUCUUCGCAGCAUCAUUAAAACCGCUCCAUCUCAAUUCAGUACAUUAAAGAUGAAUUCUGAUACUGUGGACUAUGAGGAUGCAUGUUUGAUUGUUCGCUACUUGGCCUCUAUGAGGCCGUUUGCCCAGAGCUUCGAUAUUUAUUUGACACAGAUUCUGCGUGUACUUGGUGAAAAUGCAAUUGCAGUCCGAACAAAAGCCAUGAAGUGUUUAUCUGAAGUUGUUGCUGUAGACCCCAGUAUUCUAGCCAGGCUGGAUAUGCAGCGAGGAGUUCAUGGGCGGCUCAUGGAUAACUCCACCAGUGUACGAGAAGCAGCUGUGGAGCUGCUUGGCCGAUUUGUGCUUUGUCGCCCUCAGCUUGCUGAGCAGUAUUAUGACAUGCUGAUUGAAAGGAUAUUGGAUACUGGUAUCAGUGUCAGAAAAAGAGUCAUAAAGAUACUUAGGGAUAUCUGCAUUGAACAACCAACGUUCCCCAAAAUUACAGAAAUGUGUGUGAAAAUGAUUCGGAGAGUCAAUGAUGAAGAAGGCAUUAAGAAAUUAGUAAAUGAGACAUUCCAGAAACUCUGGUUUACUCCAACUCCACACCAUGACAAAGAAGCAAUGACAAGGAAAAUACUAAACAUCACCGAUGUGGUUGCAGCUUGUAGAGAUACAGGGUAUGAUUGGUUUGAACAGCUUCUUCAAAAUCUGUUGAAGUCGGAAGAGGAUGCCUCAUAUAAACCUGUGAAGAAAGCCUGUACUCAACUUGUUGACAAUUUGGUUGAGCACAUUCUUAAAUAUGAAGAAUCUUUAUCAGAUUCUGACAACAAAGGUGUGAAUUCUGGUCGAUUGGUUGCUUGCAUAACCACUUUGUUCUUAUUCAGUAAAAUAAGGCCCCAGCUGAUGGUCAAACAUGCCAUGACGAUGCAGCCAUACCUGACCACUAAAUGUAGUACCCAGAAUGAUUUCAUGGUGAUCUGCAAUGUUGCAAAAAUCUUAGAGCUUGUAGUGCCACUAAUGGAGCACCCAAGUGAGACCUUUCUUGCCACUAUUGAGGAAGACCUCAUGAAACUCAUCAUCAAAUAUGGCAUGACAGUUGUUCAGCAUUGUGUGAGCUGUCUUGGGGCUGUUGUGAACAAGGUCACCCAGAACUAUAAAUUUGUAUGGGCCUGUUUUAAUAGAUACUAUGGUGCACUUUCUAAAUUAAAAAAUCAACACCAAGAAGACCCCAACAGUACAAUACUAACUGCCAAUAAACCAGCACUCCUUAGGUCACUUUUCACUGUUGGAGCACUGUGUCGGCAUUUUGAUUUUGAUCAGGAAGAUUUUAAGGGCAACAGUAAGGUUAACAUUAAGGAUAAAGUACUUGAACUGCUGAUGUAUUUUACGAAGCAUUCAGAUGAAGAAGUACAGACGAAAGCCAUUAUUGGCCUUGGAUUUGCAUUUAUCCAGCACCCAAGUUUAAUGUUUGAACAGGAAGUGAAGACUCUGUACAACAGCAUUCUUUCAGAUAAGAACUGUUCAGUAAACUUAAAAAUCCAGGUGUUAAAAAACCUCCAGACCUACUUGCAGGAGGAGGAUACACGUAUGCAGCAGGCAGACAGAGACUGGAAAAAAGUAGCAAAACAGGAAGACCUGAAAGAAAUGGGUGAUAUUUCCUCAGGGAUGAGUAGUUCCAUCAUGCAGCUAUAUCUCAAACAGGUCCUUGAGGCUUUCUUUCAUAACCAGUCCAGUGUACGCCACUUUGCUCUAAAUGUCAUUGCACUGACGUUAAACCAGGGCCUCAUCCAUCCUGUUCAGUGUGUGCCGUACUUAAUUGCUAUGGGCACAGAUCCAGAGCCCUCCAUGCGAAAUAAAGCUGACCAGCAGUUGGUGGAAAUAGAAAAAUAUGCUGGGUUCAUUCACAUGAAAGCAGUGGCUGGUAUGAAGAUGUCUUACCAGGUACAACAGGCAAUUAAUACCUGCCCAAAAGAUCCUGUAAGAGGUUUUAGACACGAUGAGUCAUCCAGUGCAUUAUGCUCACACCUGUACUCCAUGAUCCGAGGGAACCGUCAACACAGACGAGCCUUUCUCAUUUCUUUACUCAACCUCUUUGAUGAUACUGCAAAAACAGAGGUGAAUAUGCUUUUGUACAUAGCCGACAAUCUAGCCUGUUUUCCUUACCAAACACAGGAGGAGCCGCUGUUUAUAAUGCAUCAUAUAGACAUUACACUAUCAGUUUCUGGUAGCAACCUACUACAGUCAUUUAAAGAGUCUAUGGUGAAAGACAAAAAAAAGGAAAGAAAGCCUUCAUCAGAUGAGGAGAGUGAGAGUGACAGUAACAGUGGCAGCGAGAGUGAAAGUGAGGAGGAAGCUUCUAAGCCUCGAAGGUUACGGAAACGAGUGGACUCUGAUUCAGAUUCUGAUGAAGAAAAUGACAUAAAUGCUGUGAUGAAAUGUUUACCUGAAAAUUCAGCUCCUUUAAUUGAAUUUGCUAAUGUCUCCCAAGGCAUAUUAUUACUUUUGAUGCUGAAACAGCAUUUAAAGAACCUCUGUGGAUUCUCUGAUAGUAAAAUUCAAAAAUAUUCUCCAUCUGAAUCUGCAAAAGUUUAUGAUAAAGCUAUAAACAGGAAGACAGGAGUGCAUUUCCAUCCAAAACAAACUUUGGAUUUUCUGCGAAGUGACAUGGCUAAUUCCAAGAUCACUGAAGAAGUGAAGAGGAGUAUAGUAAAACAGUACUUAGAUUUCAAGCUCCUUAUGGAACAUUUGGAUCCUGAUGAAGAGGAAGAAGAUGGAGAGGUGUCAGCUAGCACAAAUGCUCGGAACAAAGCAAUUACCUCGCUGCUUGGAGGAGGCAGCCCUAAAAACAAUGCAGCUGAGACAGAGGACGAUGAAAGUGAUGGGGAGGAUAGAGGAGGAGGCACUUCAGGGUCAUUGAGAAGGUCAAAACGAAAUUCAGACUACGAGUUGGCAGCACAGAUGAAUGAAAGUGUUGAUGUCAUGGAUGUCAUCGCUAUUUGCUGUCCAAAGUACAAAGACCGACCACAAAUUGCAAGAGUAGUACAGAAAACCAGCAAUGGCUUCAGUGUUCAGUGGAUGGCAGGCUCCUACAGUGGCUCCUGGACUGAGGCUAAGCGCCGUGAUGGCCGCAAACUGGUGCCUUGGGUAGACACUAUUAAAGAGUCAGACAAUUACAAAAAAAUUGCUCUAACGAGUGCUAAUAAGCUGACUAAUAAAGUUGUGCAGACUUUACGAUCGCUGUAUGCCGCCAAGGAUGGAACUUCCAGCUAAUGAAUUUGUACAUGCAGCCAAAUUUACAGGAAAUGAAAUAACAGAAAAACUUGAAAUAUCAACUUUCUGGCAAAAAAAAAAAAGUCAGUUAAAUGAAGAGUAAGAAUGGAACCUGGGACGCGGAAAAAAGAAGGAAAUGUUUGGUAAACAUUUUGUGGGAGCUUCCUUCGCUGUUGUGCAGCAGAAACUUCUCAGUUCAUUUUUACUCCCACUGUAUUAUAGUUUAACAAAAAAUUGUUUAUAUCUUGAAAAAAAAAACCUUUCUGUUUAAAAAAAAUAAACAAGUGAAUGUUGGAAAUUAGUCUGUUAAUGUUCUUAAUAAAGUGUUCUUGGAGUUUAACCUAGCAGCGGAUGGCUUUCUUUAGCUUAGCCCAGUUUCCAGGAAAGCAUUGUUUUACAGGCUGUAAAAUGGCAGAAUCUCCUGGAUAUAAUUUAUUCUGUUGAAGAAAAAAAAAAAAGAAAAAAAAAGCAUGCAGUAUCUAUGACCUAUCUGCAGGAGGAGUUUUGUAAAUGUAGAUUUUGAUGUAUUAGGUCACCCUGAAAUAAUACAAGAAAAGGGAUCCCCAGCAAAUCUGGUGGAACGAAUACUGCAAUAAAUUUUUCUUCUCUUUGUUACUUGUCUGUUUCCAUUUGAAUUUCUUAUUGUAAAGAUCUGUUUAAAUCCAUUUAUAUUAUUUUGCAGUCUUUUAUGUAAAAUUUACUAUAUCAGUGGUUUUCAAAACAAGACAUAAAAUAUUGUUUAUACAGUUUGUAUAGGCUGACUUCUGAAUAAUUGGUAUCUUUUUAUUUUUAUCCCUGAAAGGGUAUAAACACAAGUUAACUCCAGGGUUUUAUUGUAUCCUGCAAUAUUUAGUAUUAACUAUAUGAUUUAGCACUGUGCCAAACACAUUUUCAAGAGUACAUUUUGAUAUAAAAAGAAACUAUAGUUUAUUCCUUGUAUGCUUCAAUUUCUUUCUAAUGCUGUCCAAAUGGUAAUUUAUGGUAGUUCAUAUCUGGGGAAAGCUGAAUGACUAUUCUGCUUGGGCAAACUGGCCAUGUGUGCAUUUCUCUGUGUUAAUAUAGAGAGGUUUGUGUCAAGAGGAGAUCUCUACCAGUAUUUGAGGAGUGAAUGGGUAUGAGUCUGGCUAAUUACACUACAUUCCUUCACAAAUGAAUUUAAAAAAAAAAAAAAAGUUUGUAUAUUAGACUAUUUUUUUUAAUUGAAAGAUGUUUUCACGUUUUGUAAAUUGAAAAAAUGCUACUGAAAUCUUCCAGAAGCAUUUGCUUCAACUGCCUUGCCACAGCCUUUCGUAAGCAGUUUGUCUUCCUAGAGAGUAAGAAAAGUAGCAUAUUUGCAAACAGGAAAAAAGUCUAAAACCGCUAAACUUCUUAGGGGACUAUUAAACCCUGCUGUCUUUUCAAAUGUAUUUAUCGAAAACAGAUGUUCCUCAACACGUAAUUCUUUUUCUAUUAUGUUUUGUUUCUUUUACAAAUUUAAUAUAUGAUAGGAUGCUGUUUUUAUGAAACUAACUUGCAGAAUUCUAAUACUUUAGUCAAUUUGUGAGGAAUAGAACAGUAUUCCAAAAUAUUCUUAUGUACAGAAAACUCACAUUAAACAAAUUAUUAAUAACUCCUCGGAAUCCAGUUAGUAAGUUGUUCCUAUAGGAAAUGCCUUUUUGCUGUUUCAUCACUGGAAUUUUUCUGAACAGAAAUAUUUUUAGCACCUCUUUGUUUUCACAGUUUAUAGUGUUUUCUUCACUGUAUGAAAGGCCACCUCUUGGGCUAAGAUAGAUAUUGUUAAAGUAGGGAGAAGUACAAGUCGCUCCUCUGCAACACUGGAAGUGAGACAUUUUUGGAUCAAACAAUGAAAGACUGUAUUUCUCAGGACCAGAUGCAGCUUUUAUAGCGGGAGACUCAGAGAAUAGAGGGGUUAUAUAACAUGUCACAUGUUAUUACUAAAAAGAGGUGAAAAUACUUCACAAGAAAACUCCCAGGUGAUAAAAACAAGGAUUUCAUACAGUUGCAAUGUAAAAUGAAAUUGUCUGUUAGUCAUCUCUGAUGCGAUUUAUAUUAAAGCAUCUUAUCUUUAAUAGCUAAUACAAAUAUUUCCUUGUUCAUAAAUACUUUUCUGGCUUUUUCAAUAGCAAAGACGGGGUUUUAUUUCAAUGUGCUUGGUAUUUAUUGGAAUAAAAUUAUCAGAAAGAAAUUAUGAUUAAACAAUGGAAACCUGAAGGCUAAAGUUGUCUUAGUUGAGGGGAUUUAGACUAUUACUAUAUUGUGUGAUAUGCCAAGUGCUCCUUGAUGGGAUCUGAUGGCUGUUAUAUAAUUUACAGUUAUAAAACUGAUUUUAGAUUAUUAAAUAAAUUGAAUAUGAUUCUUACUAUUUAAGAGUUGAAUUUUACCCUCCUAAACUACCCAGAGUAAUACCUAGUUUUGUUUUGCCAGUCACAAAUAUUGCAGUUACGUGCUGUGAAAGGAAGAGGUUGCAGUGCUCAGUUUUGGUAAACAAACUCCUGUUUGCUGUGUGUAACAUGGGCUGGCAAUUUUCAGGAGCAGGAGGUUGAGUGCCCGAGACUGCAGUUGGCAUCAGUGCAGUGCUCAGCCUCGGGGUAGCAAUUGCGAUGUUACCAACAUGAACCACGUUGUCAGCAACAACGUGCACCAGGAUAAGUGUUUUUCUAUAUUGUGGGGG